GUGAACAGGCCCCUGCAGGAUGCCGGCGCCCCCCUCCACGGAGAACCUGCACUCCCGGGGUCCUCCUCACGCUCUCUCCGUUGAAGUGUCUCCCCCCGAGGAGUACUUCCGCGGCGUGUCACCUCUCUGUCGGAAGAUGCUGGAUGACAUGACAGCCGUCCGGGAGAAAUGGGGGGACACGUGGAACGAACUCUCGUAUCAACAGCAAUGUCGCGUCAUCGAUCAGGCUAUGGUGGACGAGGCAACAGUCCGAAGGUACGAGGCCGGGGAGCACCGAGGGGCCUGCGAGGAGCCCGAGUGCGAAUACUUCCCGAAGCUGAAACUCCCCACCGGACAGAAGGUCGUUUGCGACGAGAACCUCACCGCCAGAGGAUUCUCCUGCAGCUGCGCGAUGAGCACUCGGCCCCCUUCUCCUGGCACACGCGCUCGCAGAUGGAUCUGACGCUCGACACGCCCCCGGCCACGCCCACGCACCCCAGCACCCCGACGGAGCCCCCGCCCACCACCGUCGAGGGCCAGGGGCGCGUGAUCCCGGGCGGGCGCGCCGUUUACACCGCCCGCCCGGUGUCCCUGCCGCGGCCGCCGAGGUUCCGCUGGCACUACGACCCGCCGGGCAGCCCCGACCCGCCGUCCGUGGUGGUGGCGGCGCCGCGCUCGGCCACGCUGCCCUCCAACCUCAACCGCGAGGCCCGCCGCGCCAACACCUCCAAGUACAUGCUUAUCCGCAACAAGGCGGACGGCGGCGAGGGCGGCGGCGGCAUCCUGGCCAAGAUCCGCGGCGCCGUCGCGGCCCUCACCGCCACCUGCCUCCCCCUGAAGGCCACCUCGGGCCAGAACUCCCUCCUCUCGCUCUACAACGCCCCGAAGGAGGGCGGGGAGCCCGAGCUGCGCCCGCCACACGUGCGCGUGCAGGCGACGGAGCCGAAGGACCCCCAAGCGCCCUCGGGCCAGGUGCCGGGGCCCGCCGACGCGAACGGCAACCCCGGGGGCUUCGCCAACAACCCGCUGUCCGACCUGGCGUCCGACCCGGCGCUCGUCGGCUACUACUGCACGCUCCCCGACGAAGACGACGACGACGCCCCCUACACGCCGCGCGCCGCCCUCCUGCCCGAGAGAACCAAGGUCACCGUGAACACGCCCGUCACGCCCGAGCUCGAGGCCUCCUACAGACAGAUUCCCGACGGGGCCCCGGCGAGGCUCUCGUCCGAGGGCCCCUCGACGGAGACCAUCUCCUCGGCCUUCACGUCGCCCCUCUCGGCCUGCCUGCCCACGCCGGUCCCGACGCCCACGGCCUGCGAGACGGCGAGGCCCGCCCUUGCCGAGGGCGUCCCUGCCACGCCAGCCGCCGCCCCGACCCCGCCGCCGUCGCAGGCCCCGUCGCAGGAGCCCGCCUGCGUCCUGCGGCGUCCUCGGGAGAAGAACCCUUCGCCAGAGCUGAGCGAGAAGGAGCACGACCUCCUGGAGGAGUUCAACAUCAACCUCGAGCUCAGCGCGUCGGAGAAGCGUGAGAGCAAUAUUCCGAAAACCGGCUUCGACUUCUUGGACAACUGGUAAACAUGGCGACCGCGGGAGAAAAAAAAAUGGCGCCGGCUAAGGAGGUUGCACUCAACACACAGGAUAACACUCGUGCCCUACUAAACUCUUCAGCACUGUAUUUAGAUUAUAUAUCCUAAUACUACGUCUUGUGCUCGAUGUGUGUGUGUGUGUGUGUGUGUGUGUGUGUGUGUGUGUGUGUGUGUGUGUGUGUGUGUGUGUGUGUGUGUGUGUGUGUGUGUGUGUGUGUGUGUGUGACUACAUUCGAAGGAAAAUGGGGCACAGAAUCAAAAUGCACCUCGUGUCUACAUCUGUAUUUUGAUUGGUUAGAACCGAUGCAUUGAAACCUGUAAAACGGACGAAAUGUUUAAAAAGAGAAACAUUAUGCUCAUGAAGUGCCCUAUUUUUGACCAGGCAUUAAACAUUGGACCACUUUUUUAUACUCAUUAAACUAAGAUUAGUAAAAGUUUUUUUUAUCGCAGGGUUAUGACUAGUAAGAUUUGCUCACAUAUUUUUUAAGAGUAAAAAAAAAUAAAGUCAUUUCAGUCCGAAAUCAAAGGAAAACGAAACGAAAUUUGCCUAGUAGAAAAAAGGGAAGACAUUUUGCAUCCAUCGAAAGUUUCCAAAUUUAAGACUGCAUCACACGUUUUAGAUUUUCCCUUAUUUGGUUAUGAGUGGUGCUAAAAGUGGAUAUCAAUUGCCUUGCACACCUUGGCGAAUGAGUGAUAUGAAAUUAUACUUAUGUAGGAAUUGUGUGUUUUCUAUUGGCCGUUGAGACUGUAGCAUGUAUGUAUGUCUGUGUGCAUGUGUGUGUUCCUUACUGUAGCUGUAUAUCUUUUGUACACAAUGCAGGAAGUAGAACCGUGCAGUUAGGUACUUUAUAAUAUAAUGAUAAAACUAAUAAUCACUGGAAAUACAUUCUCACUCAUACACGAGAUUUUGUGUUUGUCUGUUUGUUUUGUUAUAUCCUUUGCUGAUAUGGUUUUGCAACUCGUACCAUGACAGUACUAUACCCUCAAAUAUAUAUAUGUAGGAAAAUGUAUUUGUACCGAUUUUAGGUAAGGAAUAAAACCAUGAAGAGCUUUGAUUUUUUAUACUGACUUCAAAAUGCAAAAAAUCAUAAGCAAUGUUACACCAAGUUUUUAUGUAAAUGUUGAGAAGUAAUUUGGAGACAAGAUUGCAACCUCACCACAAAAUAAAUGACCAAAAUUCUUAGUAUUUUAAUGAACUGGAGAAAUGUUUACUUUUAACAUCUGAGGAGCGCAGGUAAUUGUCCAACCAACUCCGAUGACAUUUAUAGUAUUGUCUUGGAAUCUCAAGUAAAAUUUGGCAAAUAUUCAUGUUAGUGGAGAAAAAAACAGCCUUCAGUGGCAAAUCCAAAAUGUUUCAGAAAGGAGGAGGAGGGUGAAUAUGUAAUGAGAGCGAAGUACUUAGUAAGACCAUGUUAUUUUAACGCAUUUAAGAUCAAAAUGUGGAGUUUCGUUGUUUCAGUAAUAAUGAACAUUAAUGAUACUAAAACAUAAACCACAGGUAUAUAUGGCCAUGAAAUAAUACUGGCUGAUGUUCUAUUUUCACUUUUAGUACAACCAAAUCAACAUUAUUGUAUUUUUCUAUAAUUUGUAUUACAUUAGUUUAGGAAAGGAAUUCACCCUGGAUUCGCCACUGCAGUUCUGAAAAUAUUGUUAUCAAAGCUCUAGAAAAAAAA